AUGGCAAGAGAAGGCAACUUCAAGACAGAGCCCCACUCCCAGCCUCCUUCCAGUAGCUCCAACCAGCAGGAGGCAGGAGAACACCUGCGCUCCUGGUCUCUGGAGAAGUUGUUACGCAAGUUGAAGGCCACUGAAACCGAUCUGGAUGACAAGUUUACCAGUAUCUUGAACUCGCUGGGGCACUUUGGCACGUUCCAGCAGAAGCUGGUGGCCCUCACCUUGCUCCCCAACUUACUGUCGGCCUUCUUCAUGUUUGCCGACAUAUUCGUGUUCACAGUCCCAAAGCCCUAUUGCAACACCAGCUGGAUCCUGGCAGUGGGCCCUAACCUGACAGAGGCUGAGCAGCUGAAUCUCACCCUGCCCCGGGAUACCAACGGCAGUUUCCUGACAUGCCUCAUGUAUGUGCCUGUCACCUGGGAUCUGGAUGACAUCAUCCAGUUUGGCCUCAACUACACACAGUCGUGCAGCAAUGGGUGGAUCUAUCCUGAGAGCAAGAGGCGAUCGGUGAUCAAUGAGUUUGACCUGGUGUGUGGCGAGGAGCUGAACAGGGAAGCUGUGCACACCACGAUCCUGGCCGGCCUGCUGAUCGGGUCCCUCACCUUCGGGUUCAUAAGUGACAAGCUCGGCCGCUACACCUCCAUCCUGCUGUCGAUCUUGGGACUGAUGAUCUUCGGCUUUGGGACGGCCUUUGUCGGCAACCUAAACCAGUACCUGUUCUUCCGCUUCGGGGUGUCCCAGGCGCUGGUGGGCUUCAGCAUCAACAGUGUAUCUUUAGCCUCUGAGUGGCUAGUGGGUGAGCACCGGGCCCACGCCAUCAUCCUGGGACAGUGCUUUUACCCUUUGGGGAUCAUGCUCCUGACAGCGCUGGCCUACAGCGUUCCCCACUGGCGGCUGCUGUUUCUGCUGGGCGGGUCGCUUGUGUUCUCCCUCAUCUUCUACAUCUGUAUUCUCCCCGAGUCCCCUCGGUGGCUGAUGAUGAAGGGGCAGGUGGAGGAGGCCAAGCGGGUGCUGUGCUUUGCCGCCAGAGAGAACAAGAAGAACAUUCCUUUGAGUCUGCUGGGCAAGCUACACGCACCUGGAAAGAAGGCGACGAAGGCCUCAGUCCUGGACUUCUACAACAACAGGCAACUGCGCAAGGUGAUCUUGGCGAUAGGCUGUGUGGGGUUCACUGCUGGUCACAGCUAUUUCACACUGAGCUUAAAGAUGAGGGAUUUUGACAUGAACCUCUACAUCAGCCAGAUGGUUUCUGCCAUGAUGGAGCUGCCCGCCCGGCUUGGCAGCAUCUUCCUCUUUGAGCAGUUCGGGAGGAAGUGGACCCUGGCCGUCAUUCUCUUACAAGGCACCUUCAUGAACUUUCUCGUCCUUAAUUUCCCCUCAGGUACAGAUGACCCCAAACUCGGGUGGUCAUGUUGUCUGCCUACAGAUCUGAAAUCCGUCGUGGUCUUGAUGGUCUUUGUUGGACGAUUCAGCCUGAGUGCCUGGAUCGCCGGGUUCUUCACCUACACUGCCGAGCUCCUCCCCACUGUCCUCAGGACGACAGGCCUGGGGCUGGGGAUUCUGGCCUGGGCAUCCGGAGCCAUCUUGUCCAUCACACUCAUCAACCAGAGCCUCACGCCCUUAUCCAGUUCUCUCUGCCUCAUCUCAACCAUCUGUUCCUUGUCCCUGUGCUACAUGCUCCCGGAAACAUAUGGUCAGCCCCUCGUCGACAGUCUGGAGCACUAUUGCCUGCACCCGAGGACCAUGAGUGAUGAUUUGGAUGACGAUUUGACAGCUGAUCAUGCGUUAUGUGAUGUGACCACAGAAGUGGCAAAGAACACCAUUCUCAACGUCACGAUGAAUUUGAACCCGCGCCCUCUUAACAACACGUCUUUGAAGGCUGAAGAAAAGUUCAAAGGCAGACGGGUUACUGAGGGCCCCAGGUGA